AUGGGGUGUAAACCGUCUACCCUAGGGCCUCACCGCCGCGAGAGCUCUCAUGUUGCUGCUGCAGCAGCAGAGCAGCAAGAAGCAGCAGCAGCAGCUUCAUCAGCAGCAGCAGCAGCAGGAGAUCAUGGAGAAGAGGAUUCAUUUACAGCUCCCAUAUCAUCUGCAGCAGCAGCAGCAGCUGACCCCGACCCAGUAGUCGAUACAAUAAACAACAACAACAGCAGCAGCAGCAGCAGCAGCAGCAAGAAGGGUCCCAAUCUACGUCUGCGUCUAUCUUCUCUCAAGCCAGACAUGAAGACGUUUGCUUCGCCGCGGGAUACCAUCUCUCUAGGCUACAAUAAACUAAAGAGGGGGGCCUCCAGCCUGCGCGCUGCCCUAACCCCCCGCACAGCUACACCGGGUGGGGGGGGGAGCCCAAGAGAAGAAGGGGGCCCCCUCGAUGCCCCUGGGGGCCCCCACUGCAUCGCCAGCGAUGCAAUCAAAGAAGCAGACAACGCCGCUUGUUUAGAUAUUGCUGAGACUAAGAGCCAGGCUGUAUUGGGACCUAUGUAUACAGCACCACCAGCAGCAGCAGCAGCAGCAGCAGCAGCAGCAGCAGCAGCAGCAGCAGCAGAAGGAGCAGCAGCAGCAGCAGGAGGAGGAGGGUUUAUAGAAGAUAUGAGUAUGGGGGGGGGAGAGGAUGGGGGAGCUAGAGAAAGAUGUAGCAGUGCUGCAGCAGCAGCAGCAGCAGCAGCAGCAGCAGGAGCAGCAGGACAUACAGAAAUAAUAAACAAAGAAACACCAACACUGCAGCAGCUGCGAGCUCUAUGGAUAUUAAUUAAAAUAAAUUCUGCUGCUUCGCCUGCUGCUGCUAUGCAGUGGCUCCAUGACUUAGAGGUCCUUCUCGUUACACUUGACCCCACUGAAAAACAACAACCCGUAAGAAAUAUCCUGCUGCUGCUGCUGCUGCUGCUGCUGCUGCUGCUGCUGCUGCUGCUGCUGAUGGUGGUGGUGGUGCUGCUGCUGAUGGUGGUGGUGCUGCUGCUGAUGGUGGUGGUGCUGCUGCUGAUGGUGGUGGUGCUGCUGAUGGUGGUGGUGCUGCUGAUGGUAGUGGUGCUGAUGGUGAUAGUGAUGGGGCUAGAAGUAACCGCCAAAGUACUAAAACGAUAUUACGCAAAAGCAAAGAAGCUGCUGCGAGAGAUACAGCUGAUGCAGGUGAUGCCUGAUGAGGAGCAGCAGCAGCAGCAGCAGCAGCAGCAGGAGCAGCAGCAGCGGCAGCAGCAGCAGCAAGAGAUAGAAGACCAUCAGCAAGAAUUACUUAGAUGGGCAGAAAAUAACGAAAACAAUACACCUGCCCAUACACCCCAAUCAGGUGUAUGUUUAGGCAUCCCCUCAUCGACUCAGCAGCAGCAGAUAUACAGAGGAGAGGUGGUGCAGCAACCAGCAGCAGCAGCAGCAGCAGCAGGAGCAGCAGCAGGAGCAGCAGCAGCAGCAGCAGAGAACCAGCAGCAAACACAAGGAACCGGCGAAGCUACAACAACAACACCAGCAGCAGCAGAUGCAGCAGCAGCACCAGGAGCAGCAGAAGGUGAGCAGCAGGGCUCAGCAGCAGCAGCAGCACCUCGUUCAGCAGCAACAGAAGAAACAACACCAGCAGCAGCAGCAGCACCAGCAGCAGCAGCAGCAGCAGCAGCAGCAGGAACACCAAGACUUAUCCCCGUGUAUACUUCGCAUGAGGCAGGCACAAGGCCCCCCGGCAGCGGCCAGAUAGCAGCACUGCGUCGCGCAUGCAGCAGGCUGCAGCAGCAGCUGCCUUUGCUGCUGCAGCAGAAGCUAGGAGGAGGAGCAGCAGCAGCAGCAGCACAAGAAGCAACACAAGUAACGCAGCAGCAGCACGAUGCUGCUGUGCUAGAAUUGAAACUGCUGGUAGACGUUGGUUGA